AUGAUCAGUGAUCCGGCGCUGGAAAGGAAUAUUAAAUGUGUUGUGUGUCAUGGCUUUUUGUCUGACCCGACCACUAUACCAUGUGGACACAACUUCUGCAUCGAGUGCAUCGAAAGGUGCUGGGAUAUGGAGGUGUACUCAGGCACCUACACUUGUCCACAGUGCAAGAGCACCCUCAGCAGGAGGCCAAGUCUGAGCAGGAACACUGCACUGGCCGGCAUGGUCCAAGAUUUCCUACGGCUGAGGACUCUGUUGCCUAGAGAGGACAGUAUAAAGAAUCAGCAUGACAUCGCAGACAUGAAAGAGAGACUGAAGAAGCAGACACAGGAGAGAGAGGAACACCUGGAGAAGCUAAGAGCUGCAAUGGUAUCCCUCGAGCAAUCGGCCGAGGCAGCAGUGCAGGACAGCGAGGGCAUUUUCAAUGAACUGCUGCGCACCUUGGAGGGAAAGAGAGCGUGGCAUCAAGAGCACAUUAGAGAGAGAAAGAAAGCCCUGCUGAGCCGAGCAGAGAAGGAGGAGAGGCAACUGAUCGCCCAGAUCUCCACUCUGAAAAGAAAGGACACAGAGCUGGACAGUCUGGUUCCUCCGGUGCAGAACAAUGGCCAGAUCCUUCAGAAAUGGCAAGAGAUCAACAGCACUCUGCAACAAGCAAAACAACCCACAAUGGUCAUCAAUAACAGACAUUACUUCCCGUUUGUUAAGACUGUUUUGAAUGAUUUGAGAGACACUGUUGUGAACAAAUGGGAUGGGGCCUUAAAGAGCAUUCACCAACAAGUUAACGAUGUACAGCUUUUCCAAGCACCACAGGUCAAACCGCGCAGUAAACCAGAUCUAGGUGUCAAGAAACACGUCAUUGUCAACAAAUCCUUAGAGGUCCCUGAAAACGACCACAUGAAAGAUCAGGGACCAACCAUACCCAUCAGAGAGGCACCUGUAAACUUCUCAAAGGCUCUGCCUGCUAUACGAAGAACUCAGUCAUUCAUGAACAAACCAACAACAUACAUGUCCUUGCCUGCUGACAGCUCUGUGACCAGAAGGGACUUGUUACAGCAUGCCUGCUUACUGUCCCUGGAUCCUGAGACAUCCAAUUCCUUCUUACGGCUCACUGAUGACAACAGAAAGGUAAUGAGGGUGGACCGUCGUCAGAGCAGGGGAAGCCUCCUUAAGACGUUUGACCACUGGGAGCAGUUGCUGUGUGUGGAGGGCCUAUAUGGAGGGCAAUGCUACUGGGAGGUGGAGUGGCGGGGGAAAGGAGUCUUCAUCGGCGUGGCCCUGGAGGGACUCUGCAGGAAAGGCAAAGGCUUGGAGUGCGGGCUGGGUCGCAACGCCAGCUCCUGGAGCCUACACUGCACAGAUAACCAAUACACGGCCUGGCACAAUGAUGUUGAACAUGAAAUCACCACCAAAAGCUUCUCCCCCAGGAUUGGUGUGUUCCUGGACCAGCUGGACGGGACACUAACGUUCUACAGCAUCUCCAACACAGUCACUGCCCUCCAUAUGUUCCAAGCCCAGAACUUGUGUGGGCUCCUCUUUCCUGGCUUUGGAGUUGGGAAAGAGUCAUCUGUGAAGCUUUGCAUGCUGGAGAAACAGUAACUUACCAACACAGUACUGACCGAGAAAGCACACACACAACACAAGAAUGAUGCAGAAUGAUGCAUCAGAAGAGUGUUAACUUAUUCUGCGAGUUGUAACUUUGAAACAUGCUUGAUCAGGCUUGGAAUUUCACCAUUCUGGGGGCAAGGCCACUUGGCCUUCAGUUGGGCAUAUUUGGUGGGGGGC